UCUAAUAUGCACACUUUUCAAUUCUUCUUCCUCUACCACCACCACCAACUCUUCUCCUUUCUCCACUUGCUUCCAUGGCCAAGAAUCUACCUGAAUAAUCCCUUAUCCUUAUUUUCUUUUUCUCCUCAUUCCUUUUCCAACUCUUUUUCUUCUUCUAGACAUGACUUCCUCUUAUUGCUUAUCUUCUACAAGAAACACUGUCAGUCAAGAAACUUUACUUCUGCGCAAUUCUCAUUCUUGUCUGUACAAAAGCCGCUGCCCAAGAGACAGUUAUCUCUUCAGGCCAAACCAACUGCCACAAAAGCAUUUUCUUCCAAUUUUGAGACUCACGAACUCUAAACUUGCACACCCUUUUGCUAGUAUAUCAUCUUUUGCUGAAGCUGGAGGUGAAGAAGACGAGAAAGAGGGAAUUCAGAUUGAGAAUCAUCAAGAAACAUUGAAAAACCAAGAAAAUGACUUGCCUGGAAUGGCUAAGGCCUUUAAUAUAUCUUCAAGAACUGCAUCUGCUAUUGCUAUAUUUAUAGCAUUUGCUGCUCUUAGUCUUCCACUCUUCAUGAAGUCUCUAGGAACAGGAUUGGAUUUAAAGACAAAGAUAUUAUCAUAUGCAACACUGUUGUUUGGAUUCUAUAUGGCUUGGAAUAUAGGAGCCAAUGAUGUGGCUAAUGCCAUGGGGACUUCUGUUGGUUCCGGAGCAUUAUCUCUCCGGCAAGCAGUGGUGACUGCAGCUAUUUUGGAGUUCUCAGGUGCAUUUUUGAUGGGUACUCAUGUGACAAAUACAAUGCAGAAUGGAAUUCUUAUGGCUAAUGUGUUUGAAGGGAAAAAUACUCUGCUCUUUGCUGGCUUGCUCUCUUCUUUGGCUGCUGCGGGUACUUGGUUGCAGGUCGCAUCAUAUUAUGGUUGGCCUGUCUCCACCACACACUGUAUUGUAGGAUCAAUGGUCGGAUUCGGUCUUGUCUAUGGAGGAGCUGGUGCUGUGUUCUGGAGUUCACUUGCAAGGGUAACUUCAUCGUGGGUGAUCUCACCAGUGAUGGGAGCAAUGGUGUCAUUCCUUGUGUACAAAUGCAUCCGUAGGUUUGUUUACAGUGCUCCAAACCCAGGACAAGCUGCAGCUGCAGCUGCACCAAUUGCUGUCUUUGCGGGGGUAACAGGAAUCUCUUUUGCAGCAUUUCCUUUAAGCAAGACCUUUCCUGUUGCCCUGGUACAGGCUUUAGCCUGUGGUGCAGCGGGUGCAUUCUUAGUCUACAGAAUAAUCCACAAACAACUCGGCCAUCUCCUCGUUAAGGCUAAUACAACACAGCCUGAGCCAAAAGAGAGUACUAUCCAGAACAAAAAUAUUGGGUUUCUCUCUGAUAUUGCAGGACCAACGGGCACCCAAUUGGAGAUAGUAUAUGGGGUGUUUGGAUACAUGCAGGUGCUCUCAGCCUGCUUCAUGUCAUUUGCCCAUGGUGGAAAUGAUGUCUCGAAUGCAAUAGGUCCUUUGGCUGCAGCGUUGUCUAUUCUUCACGGUGGUGCCAGCGGAACAGAGAUUGUUAUUCCAACUGAUGUUCUUGCAUGGGGAGGAUUCGGUAUAGUUGCAGGGCUGACAAUGUGGGGCUAUAGAGUGAUAGCCACGAUUGGGAAGAAGAUAACAGAACUUACACCAACUAGAGGAUUUGCAGCUGAGUUUGCUGCGGCUUCUGUUGUUCUAGUUGCUUCAAAGUUAGGACUACCUAUUUCUGCGACGCAUACUUUGGUGGGUGCAGUCAUGGGAGUAGGAUUUGCAAGGGGGCUAAACAGUGUAAGAGCAGAAACUGUGAGAGAGAUCGUUGCUUCAUGGCUUGUGACAAUUCCAGCUGGUGCUACUUUUGCAGUUCUCUAUACAUGGAUCUUGACCAAGCUUUUAUCUUCUCUAUUGUGAGUGUACAUUUACAUGAUUAAAAGGAAUUUGAUGUAUGUCAUCAACCAAAUCACUCGUCUUUUCUCAAAAAAAUUCAUGAAAAUGGAUGCGUCUUUUUGAGCUGUUGUGAAUUCCUUUUGAGUGGAAUUCACAAUAUAUAUAUGGAACUGAGGAAACAAAUUGGGUUUCUGAUGUUGGUUUA